AUGGACGACUUCUUCACCCCUGUCAGCACAACCUACCUGAAGGCGAGACCUGAUGAGCCGCGGCCACACGAAACUGGACCGGCCGUUCAAGAUGGCGAAAUUCAGUCUGUCGAGGCGGCGCUGGAGACGUUGAAAGGCCAGCCGAACUACGACACCCUCAUCGCCGUCUUGAAGUCCCUCAAUUACGGACCUAUCUUCGCUUCAGGCUUCAAACUCUCGAGACCAAGCCCUGAAGCCGCGCAAAUCAUCCAGACCAUUGUAUCGGAGAUUGUGCCGAAUUACUGGCCACUGUUGAAGGAGGAUGCCUCCUCCACUAAGGGGAUCUGCGACCUCGACAGUCCAAAUGACCUGGAGUUGCUCUUGAAGUGCUUGAGAAACGUCACGGGGGUUAACGCCGUGUUAACGCGAUUGAAGGCGCUGAUACAAGAGUCUAAGGCCAAUGCCAAAGAUGUGAAAAGACCAGAUCUGGCACUCAACUUGAACAUCCUCAUUGAGGUUUGCUCAGCUGUACUCGAAAAGGAUGAACACCUAGCUACGCUCUGGAUAGCGAGCAGCUCCGGCCAAGAUGUUCCUGCGAAGAGGCGCCCCAUGGCUCAUGAGUUUGCUGCUCUUGUAGCAGGAGGAAGACUUGUAUCGGUUGCUGCUGAGGCAGACGCCAUUGCAAAUACGGACAGAACCGCGAGGCAGAGCUCCUGGAUCGCAGAUGGACAGCAAUAUAGCAAGUGGCUCGGUAGAAGCAUCGCCUACUGGGCCAAGUGCGACAUUCCGUCAGAAGAUGUCAAACUUUGCGCCGAAGUUUUCACAAGGGCUCUCCGCCUCGGCUACUCAGAUAGACUGAUGAAGCAGCUCAUUGGAGACAUGCUCCUCAGCCAAGAAGACAACCGCAAUGCCUUCUUCAAGAUAUUCAGCCAGUUCUCUCAACUAGACCAAAAACGGGUCAUAUACGCCGUCCUGAAGCACUUGUCCGAAGCUUUCCUCAACAAGCUGGACGAUUCUGAACUGGCAAAGCCAAACUCAACCAUAUCCGCCGCCGCCGGCAUUAUGGAAGGAAUGGUCUCCAACGAUGAAAGCCGGAAAACUCACCUGGUAUCGUGGUUGACUAGUUCAACCGGCGCUGGUCUUGGAGAUGGCAUCGGAAUUAGACGUGCAGUGCUAGCUGCUUUGGCGCAGGACAGAGAAUGUGUCAACCUGGUGUUGGAGAAGAGCAUCAACCAAUUCGGUGAUCAGCUCUACAUCAAGCACUCGCCGAUGCUACAACAGCAGGCUCAUGCCCAAGUCCUCCUUCUCAGCGCUGGCUACGUCAACAAACUCACGCCCCUUAAGCUUAAGAUGCUGAUGCGGUCUGCCGGGUACCUGAACACAAUUUCCAACAGAAUCGGGGCAUCUCAAGAAAAGGCGAGGUUUCUUGGUCUGGCGGUUGGCGAGGCGCUUUCGGGCCUCGUUGACGGCGGCGACAACAAGCUGAACUUCAAGAUGGAAGAAAUGGAAACCGAUGAGGCCAAAUUUUACAAAGACCUCAUCAAGAUUGCAGAUCAAAUUGGCCCUAUUGAUCCCCUCAUCACGAUACCCGCUGUCGAGGAGAAAAAGCAACCGCCGGCAGUCAAACCAACACAACGUCCAAAGCCCGCACCGAAACCAAAGAAGCAACCAGCUGCUCCGUCAAAGUUCAUCAUCCAGGAGGUUUCCGACUCAGAGAGCGAGGACGAAGACCUCGUACCCUACGCCAAACCAGACGAUGACCCGGAAGACUCGGACGACGACCCGACCCUCAUCCGCCGCGACAAGCCCAAGGCCCCGGUCUACAUCCGCGACCUCAUCGCCUAUCUACGCGACACAGACAACUACGACAAGCAGAAGCUCGCUCUAACAACUGCUCCAUCCCUCAUCCGCCGCAAAGCAAACUUCGGCGUCGAAGUCACCUCCCAUGCCGAGGAGCUCGCUACCCUCCUCGUCGGCCUGCAGGAUAAGUUCGAGAUCGAAGACUUCUGGGAUCUCCGCCUCCAAGGCAUGGUGGCCGUCGUCGUCGCCCAGCCGCAGAAGAUGGGUCAAUGGUACGCAAAGACAUUCUUCGACGGAGACUACUCUGUCUCCCAGCGCGCUUCGGUCAUCAUUGUCCUCGGCCUCAGCGCCCGCGAGCUUGCCGGGUUCGAUUCUUCAGAGUACGCCGCCGCCGCGUCUUUCCCUUCGAAGCGUCUACCCGAGAAGAUGGAAGCGCUCUACCUCGAUCCGUCCACCGCGUCAAAUCAGCUGCCUUCCUCUUCGAAUCUCAAGGCCCUCCCCUCUAACGCGCUCGAUACCAUCGCCAAUUCCCUCACAUCCGCCUUCAUGGCGCCCAUCGCUGCCAAUGCGGCAGACGCAACAACCGGGCCGGACGCCCUCAAGCUCUCGACGUUUACCUCCCGCCUACAGAACAAGAACGCGAAGAAGAAAACUGGCCUUCGCUCCAUCCCGAACACGACCGCCUCGAUGCUCAGCACGUCCUUCUUCUUCCCUCUGACGGCCCGCUUUCAACACGCCCUACGCUCGCCCUCCGCCCGCUCCGGCGUCUUCAUUCAGUCCCACCUGCUGUCGCUCUACCUUAAGACCCUAGCAGUUCUCAUUCACUCCGCGGGCCCCGCGACCCUCGCUCUCCCGCAGAUGACCGCCGAGCUGUGGGAUCUGCUGCUCGGUGUGCGCGCCCAUAUUGCGGGAGACGUUCCCGGAACGCACGCGCUGCUUGUGGCGCUCGCGGCCAUGCUGGAAGUUAACGAGGCGACGGACAUGCGGCGGCUUUGCGAGGCGCAUCCCCGCGAGGUCGUCGAGACGCAGGAGUGGGUAAGCGGCAUCUUCAACGGCACGCGUGGCGAGGACGGCGGGGAGGAGAAUGAUGUCAAGAUGCUUGCUGCCGCGGUGCUGAUCAAAUUACAAGAGGCGACGGAGAAGUACCGCGCCUUGCUGCUCGGCGACAUGAUUGGGUUCGCGUAG